UUAAUACCUGCUAAACCUCACUGAGGUUAAAUACACGGCUUACAUUGUACACCUACGGCAAAACCAUUCAGCCAUGACAACUUUCGGCACCACGUGAUUACUUUUCUGCUGUUACCUGAAGGACCAGUCGUUAUCGUGAUCCUCGUUUAUUUUCAUAGAUCAAGCAGCGUUAAACGGUUUAGAUGAUGGUAAUGUUUUUGUUGUUAUACAGAUACAUAGAAGCAGUGUGAUUCUCACCAUUCCUUGAGGUUAAGAUGACAGCUAUGGACGGAUUAUAUCCCAGAAUACUAACACUUGUUGCUGCUUGUAGUCUCCUGUGUUAUAAAGUGUCGGCAUAUACAUCGACUGAAUGGUACCGCUGCCCAUUAAAUCUGGCACGGAAUGGCUACCUCAGGACAUACAACGAGCACUGUUACGAAUUCAUCGAUAACGAGGCGUUCUGGGGCGUGGCGAGAACAGCGUGUCAGAACAAGGGAGGUCACCUGAUCGAGAUUAGAGACUCCAGUACUCAAGCCUUUGUGGAGAGCAGUCUCAGAGAUCUGAACUGGGCAGCGAGGAGGAAUGGUCUGUGGAUCGGCGCCUCCGAUGUAGCUAACGAGGAGACCUGGAGAUGGGUCUCAGGUGACGUUUUAACUUGGGGGAACUGGGCUAGUGGUCAGCCAGAAUGGUGUUUUUUCCCCUGCGUUGAGGAUUGUGCCAACUUAAGACUGGACGACAACUACAAGUGGCACGAUAAACCGUGUGAUAGUUUUAAUUAUCACUACACAUAUAUCUGUCAGUAUGAUAUGGGUCCAGUAUCAACAACUACUACAACAACAACAACUACAACUACCACGCCCACUACCACAACAACCACACCCACAACUACAACAACCACGCCUACUACCACAACAACGACACCCACAACUACAACAACCACGCCCACAACCACAACAACCACGCCUACUACCACAACAAUGACACCCACAACAACUACGCCCACCACCACAACAACCACUCCUACCACCACAACAACGACACCAACAACUAUAACAAGCACGCUCACAACCACAACAACCACGCCUACUACCACAACAACCACACCCACUACCACAUCUAUAACGUCCAGAGGCGGGGCUUGGACAGGAGGUCCAGGCGUAGCACAAGGUCAGGUAUCGGACACGUUCGAUAUUGAUACUCUGAUUGGCCUGAUUGCCGGACUACUAGUGGCCGUCUGUAUUCUCCUUGCUCUGGUUGGAUUCCUGCUGAUGAGAAGAUGUAACUCGGCUAAGAAGGAACGUGACAGUAUUCCGAAUGGAUUUGAUAAUGUUGGUUAUUCCGUGAGCUCAGAUCACGUGUCUAUAUCUCAACGCGCGCAAAGGACUGAUGCAAGAGCUGCUGAAAAUGACUACGUGACCGCUUCUGAUGUACCUACGUCACAGAAUCAUGUGCGUAAUGUAUACGACAACACACAUUACGACUUGCCAAGAAAGAUAAAUAUCAGUAAGGUUAAUUCCGGGAAAACUUUCAGCAAAUCAGAUUAUCUGGAUUCAUUACCUGACCUUCAAGUUGACCUCUGCAGCAAGAAAGGAGCGUGUGGCGGAGAUUACGACACUUUAAAUACAUCAUAUGAAGACGACGAUGACGAUUCUGUAUUCAAAGAGGCUGUUGACCAGUAUUAUGUCGAAGUACCUGACGUUCAAAAACCUAUCAGCGACACCAAUGCGUCAACUAUGACGUCACAAAAAUCUAGCCACUACGAUGAUAUCGAUAUGAGCAGAGAAAACACCAUGAACAGCGAGACUGAGAACUAUCUACGAGCGUAUGACCCUGAUCACCUGGCGAAAUCACCCAUUGAAUUCUUGAACAAUUUACAGGAUAAAAAGUAAUUAUUUUCAGAGUUAUCUCCCUUGGACUGUUCGGCGAUCCAUUCUUUUCUGUCUCUUGAGUCAUCCUAUUUUCCGAUCAUAAAACGGAACAUUUCAUUAUCCGAUGUUUUCUGGACUUUACAUGCUCAUUAUAUAUACACACUACCAUACAGUAAUGGUAUCUCACAGAACACUGUCAUACAGUAAUGGUAUCUCACAGAACACUGUCAUACAGUAAUGUUAUCUCACAGAACACUGUCAUACAGUAAUGGAAUCUCACAGAACACUGUCAUACAGUAAUGGUAUCUCACAGAACACUGCACAAAUAAACUCAACCAGUUACUUCCUAACGCAGCAGUGUUUUAAAGCCAGACUGUAUACUUUUACAAAUCAUCUGCUAAUAUUGCAGGACCUGGAAUUUGAAUAAUUAAUAUCACGAUAAGCACGCAAUCUGUGUAAACUAGACUUGUAAAUCCGCUCCUCUAGAUAAACUCCAAAGCCAUACUUAUGUCUUUACAUGUUAAAAGACAUUAUCUUAAUGUUGGAAAGAAAACAAAUUCAAGUUUGCAAUUCACAUUUGUUAAUCGUAGUUCAGAGAAAUCAAUAUACGUAUUGGAGUUAUCGUAGAGGGGCGGGAUUACAAGUCUAGUUUAAAUUAGAUCGGAUUAACACCUACGUAUCAUGCACAUCUAAAAAAAACAUGUAUGUUAUUGUUUCAUACUCAUUGAUCAUGUCUCUUAAAUAGUAGCACAUAGGAGACAUCAGACAAGCUUCGUUCCCUGUAGUUCUCGUAUAAGGUAGGUGUAGACGCAGAGAGGAUGUCAACAAAGUAUGAUGUAACACAUGAUUUCCCUACAUAAUAGGCUUAGGUCAAACGAUGAAGCGUUGUAUAAUAUUGACUUUGCGGUCAUUAAUUACUCCAAACUUAAGUCUGUAUUUAUGCUGUCUACGUUAACACACCUGUACAACAUAUCAUAGAUACAGUACUUGGUGUAUUGACCACGUUUUGUCAGUGAGAUAUUUGACAGUAUCAACUUGAUAUAAAGCUGAUAUUUUUCACUCUGUGAUAGUUUUUAAGUAAUAGACGUAAUCUCUGUUACAUCUCAAUACUUUAUUUCUGGUCUUUACACAUUCUUUUAGUAAAAAUGCCGAAAUGUCAGCAAAAGCGUAAAUCGAAAUUAAUGAUUAUGAACGAGGAUAUAUUCUAAAAGUAUAAAGAGGUCGGAGAGGUAACCGUCUGCUGCGUCACUGGCGCCAUCAGCUUUGCUCAUCUAGGUCAAAUCUAAGUAAUGUAACGUCCUCAACGCGAGAACAAGGGAAGCAACAACGAAAAAUACCAGGCGCAUUAAUGAGUAUAAUCAAAAUAAUCGAGCCUCAUAUUUUUUUCUCCAAAUAUUUAUCCCCCCCGCCAUUUUUUUCAUAAAUAUGUAUAUAUUUGUAUUGCUUCCAAGCACAGUUAUAUAUAUACCUAUAUAGAUAUUUUGAUAGGGGGUGCCAGGAUUGGAGAGCCCUGGAGUCAGCCCCUCACCAAUAUGGUGUCCUCAAGUAGGAGGGUUCUCAUUCAACAUUCAUCAGCCAUUCUCUUCUCCAUUUAGUUUAUUGUCGAGCCUCAUAUCACUCAAAGAAAUAGAAUAUUUCCUGAUAAGAUCAUGAUGACGACCAUAAAACUUGUCCGUAAAUUUGUGUCCAUUUCGACCGAAUGUUUUCUGAGAUUGUCUGUCAGUAGACAACAUCUAUCACACAUAUUACGAGCAAAUAUUGAAUCCACAGCGGUAUGUUAACACCAUAUGUAAGGGAAGCAGGGAUAUCAAUAUCAUGAAAGGGAAAUUUCUGGAUCAGAAAAAUUAAACUUUGACGCUUAUCGUACAUCUAAGUAAAAAGCCAACCCUUUGGUCGUUCUGUACAGUGUAAGAUCGAAGAAACAGGCUGAUGUACGGGAGUUCCUUUUUAAAAAAAAAUUGACAUCGUCGAUAUAUCUUAAUGUGAAAUAGAAGGAAUUGCCAAGGUUUUUUGUUUAAAAUCGGUACGUUCCCAUCAGAAUGCCUACAGCUUGCUGGAAAAUAUUGCCAACGAAUUUUACAAAGACAUUGUCAACCAGGAACAACAAUUCUCAUGAUAUCACCUCACUAUAUUUCAUAUUGUCUAUGUCGUGUUUUCCACACAAAAUAUUAUCCAAAAUAGUAGAGAACUAUUUAUUUAUAUCGUCGCUCGUCUUUCUGAGAGUAGAAGGCUCUAUUAAUGACGGAACGCGUCCCUUAGAUUAGCAUCAAGUUUGGUAGUGUUAAGAGUGCAAAAGUCAACUGUGCUGAUAGGAGAAUCAUUUUUGAAGGGAGGAUGCUCAAGGUUAAAGGGUAUUUUGAGUUGUUCAAAAUCCACAUAUCAUUUAUUACACUUCUAGAGAAAGCAAUACGGGAGCAUUUGUGAGGAGUAAAUUCGUGAAGAGCGGUUAUAUUUGUGAGGAUAACGUUCGUGAAGUGCGGUUAUAUUUGUGAGGAUAACGUUCGCGAAGUGCGGUUGUAUUUGUGAGGAUAACGUUCGCGAAGUGCGAUUGUAUUUGUGAGGAUAACGUUCGUGAAGUGCGGUACUAUUUUUGAGGAUAACGUUCGCGAAGUGCGUUGAAUUUGUGAGGAUAACAUUCGUGAAGUGCGAUUGUAUUUGUGAGGAUAACGUUCGUGAAGUGCGGUUGUAUGUGUGAGGAUAGCGUUUGCGAAGUGCGAUUGUAUUUGUGGGGAUAACGUUCGUGAAGUGCGGUUGUAUUUGUGAGGGUAGCGUUCUUGAAGUGUGGUUGUAUUUGCUAGGGUUACGUUUGUCAAGUUCGGUUAUAUUUGUGAGGAUAACGUUCGUGAAGUGCGGUUAUAUUUUUGAGAAUAACGUUCGCGAAGUGCGAUUGUAUUUGUGAGGAUAACGUUCGUGAAGUGCGGUACUAUUUUUGAGGAUAACGUUCGCGAAGUGCGGUUGUAUUUGUGAGGUUAACGUUCGUGAAGUGCGGUUUGUAUGUGUGAGGAUAGCGUUUGCGAAGUGCGGUUGUAUUUGUGAGGAUAACGUUCGCGAAGUGCGGUUGUAUUUGUGAGGAUAACGUUCGUGAAGUGCGGUUGUAUUUGUGAGGGUAGCGUUCUUGAAGUGCGGUUGUAUUUGUGAGGGUUACGUUUGUGAAGUGCGGUUAUAUUUGUGAGGAUAACGUUUGUGAAGUGCGGUUGUAUUUGUGAGGAUAACGUCCGUGAAGUGCGGCUAUAUUUGUGAGGGUAACGUUUGUGAAAUGCGGUUAUAUUUGUGAGGGUAACGUCCGUGAAGUGCGGUUGUAU